AUGUUUUCAUCAUCAGAGCAAUAUUUGAGUUUUGGUCUAAGAGUUGAUCCCCAAUCUCCAGGAUGGUAUGAAAAUCUGACCAAGAUUCUCAAGUUAAUCAAAGGAGCAACUUACACCAUCGAUGCAGAACAAGGAAUGGCUCUUAUUUCUGGCCUAGCAAACUCGAAAUCGAUCCUCAAGAAGCUUAAGAAAUCGGGUUUGGAGGUGGCUUGGAUCAAGACCGGGAAGCCGGAUACUUACGGCAGCCAUGGUCAUGGAUACUAUCAAACUAAUCCAUGUCUUCAGUACCCUAAUUACCAUUACAACACCAACUAUGGUGAUCCCUAUUUUCCCAACCCACCACAUUUUGAGCCAUAUGGUUACUAUUCCACUCGUUACUAUUAG